UUUUAAAAAUCGUCAUGUGUAAAAUGCUAAUGUGCGUGUUUUAGUUCUGUCAGUGCAUGCGGCACACGCUAAUUGCCCAACCAGUCAGGAGUUCUAGUACCAAACUGUGCAGUAGAUAAGGAGCUGAGUUUUGUGUCCCAUCCAUCAGACCCGGCAGAAUGAUCGCCCUUGUCGUACUCAUGUCUGUCUCUGCAUGUUUUGCAGCGCCAUCUUCAGUGCGCAGCAGAAAACAGGAUUCCUCCGUUGAUCCGGCGUUGUAUGGGGAACCUCUGACACACGAGCAAAUCAUGCAGCUGAUCAAAGAUCACACUAGCACCAAGAGACAAGGUCUUAAUCCAGAUCUUUACGGCCAGCCUUUGACCACCGAACAGAUCAUGCAGCUCAUUAAAGAUCACACCGGCGCCAAAAGACAAACUCUGUCAUUAUUUGGUGACCCUUUGACCCACAAUCAAAUCAUGGACCUCAUCAGCAGUCACGUGGCACAAAAGAAAAACAUCUUCUCUUUCGCACACGACCCCGUCCACCUCACCCUCAGCUACAUCCACACCUUCCUAUCCCUGGCCUACCAGGACCAGCCCGCGAUGCUCUCAUCCCUCGACCACCUCAGCUACGAUGAGCUUCUGCACCUGCUGGGGGAGCUCAUGAAGGGACAUUGAAGACGCUCCAAUGGAAACUUCAAGAGCGACAAGACUUUGCUGGUGCUUUAUACUAGACGAUCAUGUGUGUGCUCGUUGGUGCGUGUUUGUUAUUCGGAGCCCUGACAAAUACAAUAAGAAAAUGUUGAAUAA